CCACUGCAAAUGCUGAGGAGAAGGGUGCAUCAGGAAAAAGUUCUUUCAGCCACCGCUCCAUAAAGACACUGGGGUUUUGGCCCUCAGCUCUCUCCGGAAGGCCUAUUACCUCAGGUUGUUCCGACGCAGCCAGUUCUCCAGGUCAUCAUUUUUCUGUUUAGCUAAUUCCACCUGGGAUCGGAAGGGUAGCAAUGGAUUCAGACCUCCUGUGGAAAAUCUGAAUUAGAGAUGAUGUUGGCUAAAGUUGCUGUCUGUGGCAUCGUCCUGUUUUGUCUUCUGUGGACGGAGGAUGUGGAGGCAGGAUCAAGCUUCUUAAGUCCAUCAGAUAUGCAGAAAAAUGCGGGAAAGAAGCUGCCAAAAAAGCUGCCAUACACCAUGAGCCGCAGGGAGGCUGUAGACUCUUGGGGGAAUCCUGUGGAUGAACAUUCAGAAGACCAGGAAGAGAUUGGGGUGACAAUCCCUUUGGAUAUUAACCUGAAGCUGACUCAGGAACAGUUCAAGAGGCAGAAAGCCGCCAUAGAAAACCUUCUGCUCGGACUGUUCUCCCUCGGCUCAGCUCAAGGUACACAAGAGGAGAAAGCCUAGUGGUCCUCAUCCUGUACACACAGCUGUAGACGACCUCCCUAUCCUGUCAGUCAAUGCCUGAACCUGUCUGUGAAAUAAAGUAGAUAUUUACAAGCAAGAAAUCCAUCUUGUGGAGUCAUUUUUGAUCUGCAGCACUUAUAAUAUUGCAUUUAAGAAAAAAAAAGGAUAGCUGUAGCCAGAAGAGUAGUAAUGAUGUCAAGAAGUAAGGAGGGGGAGGGUAUCGUGGAAGGGGCCAAGAGGGAGCGGAGGAGGAAAAGAUGGAAAGAGGGGGGGGGGGGGGGGCAGGGGUGAGGACCGGUCCAUGGAGGAGAAGGAAAAGCAGAGGGAGGUGGUGGGGGGUUAGGAGAGAAGGGGACAAGGUGGACAAAAAGAAGUUAUUUUCUUUUUUAAUUUCCUUUCUUUUCUUUUUGAAUUUGCCUGACCACAGUGCUCUCUGCUGACACCUCUGUCCAUUUUAGGAAAAGUCCAAAGUACGAGCAAAUCCCCAUAGAAAACCUCUUCUGCUCUGGACAGAGGUGUCAGGAGAGAGCACUGUGGUCAGGCAGAAAGGAAAUUGAAAAAGAAAAGAACUUCUUGUGGAUCAUAACAGCAGCUGAUAAGUACUGGAAGGAUUAAGAUUUUUUUAAUAGAAGCAAUUUACAAAUCUGUUUAACUUUCUGGCACCAGUUGAUUUAAAAAAAAUAAAUAAAAAUGUUUUCCAGUGGCGUACCCCUUUAACUGUGGGCAGGUCCUUCCUGGUGUGAUACCAGAGCCGUGACAUGUGCUCUUAUCUCAGUAUCAAAUACAAAAGGAAGCUGCUGCUGUGUCUCCUUCACCUGUAUUCUUUACACUUACAGUAUAUACUCGAGUAUAAGCCGAGUUUUUCAGCACGAUUUUUCGUGCUGAAAACACCCCCCUCGGCUUAUACUCGAGUGAACUCUCCACCCGCAGUGGUCUUCAACCUGCGGACCUC